AUGAACUCCAGACUCGCCACUCUCAUUCUCUCCCUUUCUGCCAUUGUGCUUGCCAUCCCCUCUUCUGGCAAAGCCGGCAUCACUGCAAACACCCACUCUGUCUUUCAGAAGCGCGCAUCCUUCCCCAUCCCUGCCUCCAAGGGCAGCGUCACCUACGAUGCGGCUAAGGAGAUCUCGGGCACGUUUGAUGGUGGCCUGAAGACAUAUGGCCGCGGCGUGACCUGCACUGGCCAGGACGAAGGCGACGACUCCGACGCUGUCUUCAUCCUCGCCGACGGGGCCACACUCAAGAAUGCCAUCAUCGGCAGCGAUCAGAUUGAGGGCGUGCACUGCGAGGGCAGCUGCACUAUCGAGAACGUUUGGUGGGCGGCCGUGUGUGAAGAUGCCCUUUCCCUCAAAGGCGACGGCAACGCUACCAUCACCGGCGGCGGCGCAACCGGAGCCUCGGACAAGGUGAUCCAGCACAAUGGCGCCGGUACCGUCACCAUCGACGGCUUCACGGCCGUGGACUUUGGAAAGCUGUACCGCAGCUGUGGCAACUGCAAGAAGUCCGCCGAGCGCCAUGUCGUAUUGAAGAAUGUCUCUGCAACGUCGGGCAAGGUGCUCACCGGCAUCAACAGCAACUUUGGCGACACAUCUACCAUCGACGCAAAUACUUGCGUCAGCAGUGUCAAGAAAGUGUGCGUGGAGUACAAAGGCACGACACCCGGCAAUGAGCCGACGGAGGUCAGUGACGGGCCGAGUGAUGCUUGCAUCUACAAGGAGUCGAUGUCAGCUUGUUAG